AAAUCGCGACACGUUUGUGCCACUGGACAACAACGUUCAACAGACCCACACACAGACCGGGAGUUGUGUUUCCUGCUGCCCUACAUUCGCUCGUACAACCAAGUGAAUAGACACAGGAUGGAGUCGCCUUCGCAGCUUCCCCGGGAGGAUCCUCAAAAGAGCUCCCGGGUUGGAGGAUCCGGGGCACCAUCUUCGGGCACCGUGACCAAACGGCUGAGCUCUGAGCUGAUGCAGUUAAUGAUGUCAAAUACCCCUGGAAUAUCAGCAUUCCCCCGCUCUGAUUCGGACUUGUUCGACUGGGUUGCUACCAUCAUAGGUCCAACGGGAACGUACUAUGCUGGGCUCACAUUCAAGCUUUCAAUUAUAUUUCCUCCGACCUAUCCAUAUGCUGCGCCGGUAGUUACGUUUAUUACCCCAUGUUUUCAUCCAAAUGUUGCACUCUCGGGUGGAGCGAUUUGCUUGGACAUCCUCAAGGAGAAGUGGAGCGCGGUGUAUGGUGCCCAAUCCAUUCUGUUGUCCAUCCAGUCGCUGCUCGGGGAGCCAAAUAACGAAUCACCCCUUAACGCCGAGGCCGCUGAUUUAUGGCAGGAUAAGAAUGCUUUCAUGGAACGUCUCGUCCAGGUCUCCCGCACAUGGUCAGGGUGAGAGUGUACCCGAUGAUUCGAAAUGAAAGGUUGUGACUAUGCUCCUCUGAGAGGUGCAGCUCAUUAGUGCUCGUUCAUCCCCGCAUUCAUCCCACUUAAUACACUGCAUGUCAUCUUACGAUCUGCAUCUGCAAUGCUAUCAACAUCCCGACUCACCCAUCACCCA